AUUCUAUUAGGCCCAAUUUCAUAAACCCUAAAACAGAAAAUAUCGGAAACACCUCACUGAUCUCAACUGUCCGCCGGGAAUCGCAGCCAGAACGAUCGUCAGCCACCGCAAUCAGCCAGAAAGUCCGUUCAGCCUAAUUGCUAGCUAAGAGAGGAAGGAGAGGCAAAGCGAGAAGAAUCAUGAGACCCAUUUUGAUGAAAGGCCACGAGAGGCCAUUAACAUUCCUCAAGUAUAACAGGGAUGGUGAUCUUCUGUUUUCUUGCGCUAAAGAUCACAACCCCACCGUGUGGUAUGCUGACAACGGUGAACGUCUGGGCACUUAUCGAGGCCAUAAUGGUGCUGUUUGGUGCUGCGAUGUCUCUAGAGAUUCGGGACGACUCAUUACAGGAAGUGCUGACCAGACUGCGAAGCUAUGGGAUGUGCAGAGUGGUCAGCAAUUGUUUACUUUCAAUUUUGACUCCCCUGCAAGGUCUGUUGACUUUUCCGUUGGUGAUAAGCUUGCUGUUAUCACCACUGACCCAUUCAUGGAACUCACUUCAGCAAUCCAUGUCAAACGCAUUGCAAAAGAUCCUGCAGACCAGACUGGGGAGUCUUUGCUUGUUAUUAAGGGCCCUCAGGGAAGAAUCAAUAGAGCCAUAUGGGGCCCCCUCAACAGAACCAUUAUCAGUGCCGGAGAAGACUGUAUUAUUCGUAUUUGGGAUUCUGAGACAGGAAAUCUACUUAGGGAGUCGGACAAGGAAUCCGGCCACAAAAAGACAGUAACAUCACUGGCCAAAUCUGCUGAUGGCUCACAUUUUCUGACGGGCUCCCUUGAUAAGUCUGCUAAGAUUUGGGAUAGCAGAACAUUGUCUCUAAUCAAGACAUAUGUGACAGAACGCCCUGUCAAUGCAGUUGCAAUGUCGCCUCUCCUUGAUCAUGUGGUUCUUGGAGGUGGUCAGGAUGCAUCAGCUGUUACAACUACUGAUCAUCGUGCUGGCAAAUUUGAAGCCAAGUUCUACGAUAAGAUUCUUCAAGAAGAAAUUGGGGGUGUGAAAGGGCAUUUCGGACCGAUUAAUGCACUGGCCUUUAACCCUGAUGGAAAAAGUUUUUCAAGUGGAGGUGAAGAUGGAUACGUACGUUUACAUCACUUUGACCAGGAUUAUUUCAAUAUCAGAAUUUAGUGCCCGAGAGAAUUUCUGUUUGAUAUAAAGUAUCAUUUCUAGAAGUUAGCUUUCAACUCCUUUCACAAUAUAUAUUAGUGACACAGUUUUGUACUAAAGUUUUUACUGUAAUCCUUUUGCCAUAUUAUGAAUGAAUUUUGGUGGGAGAAGAACUUCCUAUAUUUUAA